AUGCCCAUCCUGAAGGACCUGGCCACUGUGGCCUUCUGCGACGCACAGUUCACUCAGGAGAUCCACGAGAAGGUUUUAAACGAGCCGGUCGGCGCCAUGAUGUACCACACCAUCACGCUCACCAGGGAGGACCCGGAGAAGUUCAAGGACCGGAGAGUGAUUGUGCGGAUAGGCAGCGGCUACGACAACGUCAACGUCAAGGCUGCGGGUGAACUCCGGAUCGCAACAUCCUGUACGCAGCAGCGGAAGAGACAGUGGACUCAGCCGUCUGCCACACCCUUAAUCUGUCCGGGCGGAACACCUGGCUAUCCCAGGCGUUGCGUGAAGGCACGCGGGUGCAGAGCGUCGAGCAGAUCUGGGAGGUUGCCUCGGGCGUGGGGGCAGGGGACGCACAUCCGCGGGGAGACACUGGGCCUCAUUGGCUUCGGUUCACAAUGGGCCAGGCAGUUGCGCUUCGAGCCAAGGCCUUUGCAUUCAGCGUCCUAUUUUAUAACCCCUACUUGCAGGAUGGGGUGGAGCGGUCCCUGGGCGUGUAGUCUAUACCCUGCAGGACUUAUUGUUCCAGAGCUACUGUGUCUCCUUGCACUGCAAUCCCAACGAACAUAA